AUGAAGUUGCAGGAGACCUUCGUCGAUAAUGGGGAGAUCAAGAUCUCACGCCCUAUCAAAACGGCCGAAAUUCGAAUCAAUAAUCUGGAUGAUUCAAUAUCAACUAUGGACGUGGUGCAGACCAUAGUGACCGCAACUGAAAGUAACCAUGCGGAUAUAAAACUGGGUCCUAUUAGCAAAGCCCGAAAUGGACUCGGGUUCAUAUGGGUAAAGUGCCCAGUGGCGGCGGCUAAUAAACUAAUAGACCGGAAGAAAAUAAAAAUAGGAUGGACUACUGCAAAGAUAACGCCGCACCCGGAUCGUGGGCUACAGUGUUUCAAAUGCCUGCAAUUCGGACAUGUAAGGUCUGAAUGCAGGAACACUACGGAUCGUAGCACAUGUUAUAGAUGUGGGGAAGUGGGCCACCAGGCACGAGAGUGUACGAAAGCUGCCAAGUGUCUGGUAUGCGAGGAGGCUGGACUUCCUCACGGUCAUCGAAUGGGGGGAAACGCCUGCCAUCCCGAGAUAGGUCGAAGAACCAAGAAAAAGGUGCAAAAGUACCAGAUAUCCGAUCAAUAA